CUACGAGCUGCGUGUGAUUAUCUGGAACACGGACGAUGUGAUCCUUGAUGAUGUCAACCCAAUAACAGGAGAGCCUUCCAGCGACAUCUACGUGAAAAGCUGGAUAAAGGGUCUUGACCAUGAAAAACAGGAGACGGAUGUUCACUUUAACUCCUUGACCGGGGAGGGCAAUUUCAACUGGAGGUUCAUCUUCCGCUUCAACUAUCUCCCGACUGAGAAAGAGAUCACUUACAAGAAGAAGGACUCUGUCUUCUCCAUGGAGGAAUCAGAGUUUCGGGAACCGGCUGUUCUGGUCCUCCAGGUCUGGGAUUAUGACAGGAUUUCAGCUAAUGACUUUCUAGGCUCCAUCGAGCUGAAGCUACAUGACAUGGUGCGGGCAGCAAAGAGCUCAGAACAUUGCACCAUCAAGAUGGCCAAGGAGAAUGCAACACCUCGCUUCUCCAUCUUCCGAAACAAGCGCAUGAGGGGCUGGUGGCCCUUCAUCAAACUCAAAGAUCAAGAAGAUGAGGAGAGAGAGGAGAGGGAGGACAAGCAGAAGAAGAAGAAAAAGAAGUGGAGCCGCCCAGUCAAACCAGAGGACGUGGAGUUUGCAGACCCCAGUGGGAACAAGUACAUCCUGACGGGUAAGGUGGAAGCGGAGUUCCAGCUCCUGACUCUGGAGGAAGCUGAGAAAAGUCCUGUUGGUUUGGGCCGAAAAGAGCCCGAACCCCUGGAAAAGCCCAACCGGCCAAAAACCUCUUUCAACUGGUUUGUGAAUCCCAUGAAGACUUUUGUGUUCUUUAUCUGGAAGCGGUACAAGAAAUACAUCAUUGUGCUGUUCAUUGUCGCUGUUCUGACCAUCUUCCUGGUUCUUUUGAUCUACACUAUGCCUGGAUACAUCAGCGAGAAGAUCAUCAAUGGAUAA